AUGGCUGGAGGUAAAGGCAAAGCAGGCAAGGAUUCUGGCAAAUCUAAGGGUAAAGUCAUAUCGCGAAGUGCACGUUCUGGCUUGCAGUUUCCUGUUGGACGUAUUCAUCGCUUCCUAAAACAGAGAACCACAUCACACGGACGUGUUGGUGCUACAGCAGCUGUUUACAGUGCAGCAAUCCUGGAAUAUCUAACUGCUGAAGUACUGGAACUGGCAGGCAAUGCUUCCAAAGAUUUGAAAGUGAAAAGGAUCACACCGAGGCACUUGCAUCUGGCAAUACGAGGCGAUGAGGAACUAGACACACUGAUAAAAGCCACUAUUGCUGGUGGAGGUGUGAUUCCGCAUAUUCAUCGUUACCUAAUGAGCAAGAAAGGACAGCCGACUCCAGCUCAGAAACAGGGUCCAGCCUGA